AUGCUACCCACACUGAGAAGCGUGCUCGCCAGAACCAGUACCAUUAACCUGCACCAUACCACGCGCUCAAUUGUUAUGGAUUCCAUCAAGGCGACAGUUUACGAGAACUUUGGCGGAACUAAUUCUCUUGCUCCCAAGGACGAGCAUUUUUCGCUGGACCAAGUCCCUGACCUGAGUGGGAAAGUAGCCAUAGUGACAGGCGGUUCACAAGGCAUCGGCUAUGGCUGCACACGGACCUUGCUCGAGCACAACAUUUCCAAGCUUUUUAUCGUAUCGCAGUCUGCGGAUGUAGUUGGCGAUGCCACCAACUCCAUCAAGGAAGGAUUGGGUGACGCUGCCUCUGCAAAAGUCCAAUGGAAGCAAUGCAACUUGGGGGACUGGAAGGCGGUAAUGCGGACAGCCGACGAAAUCAAAGCCAGCACCGACAGGAUCGAUGUCCUGAUCAACAACGCAGCUAGGGGCAUCAUGACUGCCAAGCUCACACCCUAUGGAAUAGAUGAGCACAUGGCCAUCAACCACUUCGGCCACGUAAUCUUGACCUCGUCUCUUCUACCUAUCAUGAAAGACACGGCGAAAGCAGGACAUACAGUCCGCAUUGUCAACCUAGGCUCAAACGCACAUCAGGCCGCACCAAAAGACACAAAGUUCGCCAGCUUGGAUGAGAUCAACAGAGACAAUGGUCCCAACGGGCAGUAUGGACGCAGCAAGCUGGCUGCAAUGCUCUACGCGCGCUACCUUGCCACCCACCUGACGGCAGAGCACCCCCAGAUCCUGGCGAACAGCGUCCACCCGGGGUUCGUGGACACCAAGGCGUCGACCUUUGACAUCCACGAGGCGUACCCGCUUGGUGGCUACAUGAUGAGCGUCGCCAUGAAGCCGUUCCAGAAGAGCCAGCUUGAAGGGUGCGUCUCGGCAAUGUACGCGGCGACCGCGACGGAGAGGAGCGGAAAGUACAUCUGCGUACCUGCCCGCGUUGAGGAUGGAUCUGAGCUUGCACAGAGCAACGAGUUGGCCGAACAGCUGAUGCGGCUUACGGAGGAAGUAUUGAAGGAAAAGUCCGAAUCUGUGGGCAUGACGUUUCCCUUGAAGUUUUAUUAG